AUGCUGUGGGAGAACGCGGCGGCGGCGGACGAGGAGGAGGAGGAAGAGCCGUUGGAGCAAGUGCCGCACAGCGCGCCGUUUUCUCUGUCAAGCCCCAUCACAGGGACUGCGGGGGCGAUCAGUGCGAGGCGGAGCUGGGCGUGGCGCGAGAAGAUGAGGUCGCUCGGUCGACAAUUAAUGCCGCGACGCGGCAGCUGCGACGACCUGAACGUCGCAAUUGCGACGGCCUCUGUAACGCCGGCGAAGCGAGCGAAAUCGUUUCCAGAGUCGAAGGAGCGCGGCAACGAGAAGGGCGCGAGGCGCGGGCGGUCGCGCGCGGACAGCCGGGGCGUGUGGCGGAGCGUGUACGAGCCGCGGUGGCUGGAGGAGGGGCUGGCGGAAACCUCUGGCGACGACGAGCGGCGACCGCACGGCGCAAAUCGCAACGAAAUGGGAGUGCGCAACGACACGGCGCAGCGCGCGGGGGAAUCAGGGCUCGCGGGCAGGGAGGGUUCGGCGCGCUACCAGCUGUUGCGACAUAACUCGCUUCCCUGCGCGUGCGCGUCGCAGAAGGUUUCGCCGACCCUGCCGCGACGCGCGUCGGUGAUGCAUGGCGAUAGCAGCGCUGAGCGUUCUGCGUGUUCCGUCGCAGCAGCGAAGGAUCGGCCGUCGUCGUCGUCAUCGUCUCAGCACAGGCGCUCCCCGUCUUUGCUCGUCAUCCCCCCAUUCCUCCCCUCCUGCCUCCCCUCGCCCUCGCCCAGUGCCGCUCCUUGGCGCACUGCCCCCUCCAUGCCGCCAACCCCCAUCCCCGUGCUCCGCGGUGACUCCGCCGCCCCUUCGGAAUGCAGCCCCACCGGCGGAGACGCCAGUGUCUGCUCGCCUGCCGAUUCCAAUGACAGCAGCGGCGAGAGGCGGAACACCGGAGCAAAGCGAGCGGAUUGGCGCACCCUACCGCUUCGAGCCUCGAUUAUGGCGACGCCGCGACUCACGGCGAGGCCGCCGUCUCCGUUCGUCCCGGCGGGCAAGAGUGGAUUGUGCUGCAAGUGCCACGUGGCGCGCGUGUACGCGCUGAUGGUCUUCGUCAGCCUCCUCGCGCUGCUCCUCUUCCUCUUCGUGCCCUGGGCCGCGUCGCACGGCGCCAUCCGUGUGACUGCUGGCGACGCUGUCGCCGUCGCAGAAGCAGGAACGGGGGGUCGUGUGCGAGGGAGGGGCAGGGGUCCGCAGCUCGAGCGCGGGGAAUCGUUGCAUUUGGGGGGGAAUGGGGGGAUUGCGGAAAGCGCAAUGCGCAUGGGCGGAGAGCAGGCGGACGUGAUUCGGGAAAAGGCAGUGACCAUGGCGGACGCUGCUGACGCUGUAGCGAGUAGCGAGGCUGCUUUCAAGGGAGAUGAAGCAUUGGGAGGGAGUACGGGGGCGGCGGAGGAGUUGGAAGAGGGGGCGGAGAGAGGAACCGAUGGGGGAGAAGCGGAGGGAAAGGGGGAAGGAGGGCAGGGAGGGGAGGGUGGGGAAGGAGAGGAGGGAGGAGGAGGGGGAGGGGAGGUGCCGAUGCCUCUGCGGGUGUACAUGCUGCCACUGACAGGCGAGCUCAACUUCCACGUACUGCUGCAACGGUGGCGCUUUGCGAACCGGGUGGCGGUGCAGCUGCAGCACGGCAUGCCGGCGGACUGGCAGUUCAAAGGCAACUCGCUGCGGCCUCGGGCGGACGGCGACGUGGUGGGGUUCAUGGUGCAGGACGAUGGGUGGAUGGAGGGCGGCCAGGGGGAGGGCGGAGGGGGAGGCGGAGGAGGGGGUGGAGAGGGGUUGGUGCAGGUGCCGCAGUUUGUGGAGGGGUUUGGGGUGCACAUAGAGCAGUACGCGGCCGAGUACUGGCUCACGCUCUCCCUGCUCGCCGGCGGGCUGCCCUCCGUGCAGCGCGUGCGGCGGGCAGAGGACGCCCACAUCAUCUUUGUGCCGGCCUUCUCCUCCGCCUUCUAUGCCACUCAGAUGAAGACCAAUGAGAGGCGGAGGCGGGCAGGCGACACGAGGAUACCAGAGGAGCAGCACUUGCUGGCCGCAGUGACACAGCACUCGCUGUGGGGGGACGGGGGCGGGCUGGGCGGAGGGGCCAGCCAGGGGGCAAAGGGGCAGCAGGGGGAGGGCGAGCUGCUGGAGAAGGUGGAGGUGGCGACUGGGAAGGGCUCACCUGGUGGCAGUGGUGCAGGGGAGGCGGGCGGCAGCAGCAGACAACGGCUGCUGCGGGUGCUGAAAGGGGGGCGGAAGGGGAAGGAAGCGGACGCGGGCGAGCAGGCGCAGAAUGCAGCGGUGGAGGGUGAGCAGGGAGCUGAUGGUGGGGCUGGAGGGGCUGAAAGUGGCGAUGCAGCAGAGGGGUCGCAGAGCGAGGGAGGCAAGGGGGGCCUUGUGUCUCGGCGGCGGGACUUCCUCAUCCCAGCGGUGCACCCACAUGCACUGUCGACGGUGCGGCAUGAGGUGGCAGCAGCGCACAUGCUGAUGGUUGACUUCAGCCAGCCGGCAGAGCAGGUGGCGCAUUUAAACAAGGACGUGCUCGUGCCCUACUCUGCUCUCAUCCCGCCCUUCCUCAAUGACUCGCUGCCGGGGGAGACAGAGGGCGGGCAGGGCAGUGUGGGAGGGGCGGAGGCUGUGGCCGCGUGGGCGGCUGCACGGCCCACUCUGAUAUUCUUCAGAGGCACGCUCAACCGGCAACAGGGAGGGGCCAUGCGGGUGCAGCUGGCGCGGCUGCUGGUGAACGUGAGUGGGGCGGACAUAGCAGAGGGGUCACCGUUGCAGGGAGGGGUGCAGGCGGCCACAGCAGGCAUGCGCGCCUCCAAGUUCUGCCUCGUGCCUGAAGGCGACACGGCAUCAUCAUGCCGGCUGUUUGACGCCAUCCUAUCGCACUGCAUCCCGCUGGUCGUCUCCGACUCGCUGGACCUGCCAUUCGAGGAAGCCCUUGACUACACCGCCUUCGCCCUCUUCCUCCCACAGGCCCUCGCCCUCCGCCCCGGAUACGUCGAGGCCUUCCUGCAAAACGUGUCGCACGAAUCAGCAUUCGCCAUGUGGCAGCGGCUGAGAGAGGUGGCACACCACUUUGUCUACUCCACGCCGCCCAAGCCCGGAGGGGCGGAGGACAUGAUCUGGCAGGCUGUAGCGCGGCGGUGGGCAGGGGACCACUUUGGGCGGCGCUACAACCGGAAGAACCAGAGGAGGCGGAGGAGGGUGAUGGAGCAGCUGUUGGAGCGAGCAGGGCUCAGCGCUGCUGACAUUGUGGUCAGACCACGCGCGCUGCCACUCAUGUAG